AUCGAGCUGGAUGUAUACUGUUUCGAGGAAGCAUCAACCAGCAAUGGCUGCCAUCAGUCACUUUCAACGAAACACCUCACAAUUGUUAAGGUCGUCUUAUUUGGCUCUCCUCAUACUGCUGAUGGUGACUUCUCAAUCAUGCAACGGAGCACGGUUUCUCAUGCCAUCCACGGGGUUGAUACGAACAGCAAGCCACCACCUCGCACUAACCACUAUCACUCAAGAGCUGGUCCAGCGCGGCCAUGAAGUGACUCUACUGAUCAUUGACAACCAGAAUGUGGGUGGCUUUCUGCCAGAUUCAUACACAUCGAAGAUAACCUUACCAAAUUCGUUGACGGACGAGGAACUUACGGAGGUGGCUUAUGCAGUGAACACUAUGCCGCAAUUGACUAAUAAGACAUUUCUGGAGAUUAUACAGGAUCCAAGACCUUGGAAUAUGUUACGUCUGCAUUCGUUUGGUUGUUUUGAGCUGUUUAAGAAUGCGGAUAUUAUGGAACAGCUUCAGCGGGAACGCUUUGAUAAAAUGAUAACCUUUCCUCUCAUGGAUGUAUGUGAUAUCGUUCUUGCUGCCUAUUUAGACAUACCAUAUAUCGUACUAAGUGGUACACGAAGAAUUCCAGCUUUUCACGAAGGAAUGCUUGGUAUUCCAACUCCAGUGUCCUAUGUGCCAUUUAGUUUCGCAACGCCAGAGCUGGGGGACCGCAUGACUUUUAGUCAACGCGUCAAGAAUGCAGUAAUGUUUUAUGGUGCCCACGUUAUCAUAGAGUACUUCGCAGUCUAUCGUGAAAUUAGCCAAUUGCAACACACCUAUGGCAUCCGACCGGACCUGACUGCGUGGCAGAUGAUCAGCAGGGCAGAGCUUUGGUUGUGUCAUAACACCUGGGCCUUGGAAUACCCGAGACCGAUUGGUCCAAACUGGAUCCCCAUUCCAGGGCUCACUAUCAAGAAACCAAAACCACUUCCAGAGGAUCUCGAGACAUUUGUCCAAGGAUCUGGAGAACAUGGGUUCAUUGUUUUCACGUUGGUAAUUAAGCCUUUAUUUCAUCCUGGUCGUGUCACUGACAUGGUCGAGGUGAGGUCGUUAUGGGCGGCAAAGAAAGCAGGGGUUUCCAUGAAGGGAUCAUCAUCGAAGGCUCUUGGGAGUGCAGCCCUCAACGACAUAUUUUCCAAGGUUUUCAGCGAAUUGCCACAGAGGAUCUUAUGGAGAUACGUUGGUCCUACACCACGUUACCUUGGCAACAACACAUUGAUUUCUGAUUGGCUUCCACAGAACGAUCUUUUAGCUCAUCCCAAGGUUCGAAUGCUGAUCUACCACGGCGGCAGUGCAGGGAUUCACGAGGCCAUCCAUCACGGCGUUCCGAUGCUCCUCAUGCCUAUAGCUGGUGAUCAGCCAGUAAAUGCCCAUCUGGUAGCUACGAAGGGAAUUGGUCUCGUACUUGACCUAAAUAAUAUGAACGAAGAUCAGAUCAGGACGAGUAUUAGCACCCUUCUCAAUGACGAAAACUACAAGGUCAAUGCUAAAAGGGGUUCUGGUAUCCUUCGAGACCGACUGGCCAGUCCGCUGGACACGGCGGUAUUCUGGAUAGAGCACGUGGUCAAGUAUGGUGGCGAUCAUCUACGUCUACGAUCUACUGAAAUGGGAUACAUCCAGCUCAACUCACUCGACGUAGUCGCAUUUCUAGUCGUUUUAUUGUUGAUAAUAAUAUACAUUGAUUACCUAGUGAUUAUAUGUUGUUACAGAUGUGUAUGUAAAAAAACGAGGAAACAAAAAAGUGACUGAUUGUUAGACUAAGCUCAUUAUCCUUUUGAUUAUCGACUGAAAUUUAAAGAAAAUUUAUUUCUUGACCUUGAUUAAAAGAAUACUUUCUUUAAAAUGUUAUACCAUUUGCGAAGCUGCAUGAUAUAUUCAUCCUGAUAAGAAAUACUUGAAUCGUUGGAUUUUCUACCUUUUAUAUUUUUUGUAUCGUUUCGUCUAAGGAAAAAA